UAAUGAAAAUUUUAAGCAAGAAAAUAAUAAAGGGAGUUGGAUUCAUAAAAGUUAUACCAGAAGAAGAUGAUGAUUUUUGGCAUUUAUAUAACUUAUUGUCUGUUGGAGAUAUAAUAAAAACAAGUACUCAUAGAAAGAUAGUGAAAGAAAGUAAUUUUAAAUAAUAUUGAUUAGGUUAAACUGGUACUAAGGUAGCUGAGAAAAGAAGAAUAUUUGUAUUUUUAAAGGUUCAUGAAAUAAAUUAUUGGGCAGAUUAAUAUCUAUUGUUAUCAAUAAAAGGUAGAAAUUGUUAGGAAUCUCAUUGGUUAUCUUUGGGUUAAUUUCAUACUUAUGAAGUUGAGUUGAAUUAAUAAAUUGUAAUAUACAAAGAAAAUUGGGAUAGAUUUCAUUAUGCAAUAUUAGAUUAGAUUAAAUAAUAGUAAACUUAAUCAGAAGUGGCAGCAUUUAUAAUGGAAGAAGGAGUAGGUCAUCUAUGUUUGAUAGGAUCAGCAACUACUAGAUUAAAAUAAAAAGUAGAAAAAUAGAUAACUAAGAAAAGAAGUUCAAAUGAAUAAAGAGAAAAGGGAAUGGAAGAAUUUUUUAGAGCAUGUUUGGCAGCCUUGGAAUAAGAUUCAUUAUUUGAAUAAAUAAAAUGUUUAAUAGUAGCAUCACCAGGGUAAUAAUUUUAAUUAUAUUAUAAUAGAUUUGUGAAGGAUGAUUUCUAUGUAUUUCUUAGAAACACAUUUUAAAAGGAAGAGAAAUAUAGAGGAUAAUAGAAAAUGUUAGAUAAAAUCUUUCUUGUAAAAUCAAGUUCAGGAUAUUUGAAUAGUUUAAUGGAAAUUUUAUAAGAUCAAUAAGUUUAAUAAAGAUUAGAAAAUACAAAGUAAAAUAUUAUAAGAUCUCUAGAGCUAUGUAAGAAGUGAUGAUCUUGGAGAAAUUCUUUUAAUAACUUAGAAUAGAUAUAACUAAAGUGGCUUAUGGAAAGAAAGACAUUGAAUUUGCUCAUAGUCUAGGUGCAAUUCAGACUUUAUUAAUAAGUGAUAAAGUGGCAAGAGCUAAAGAUCCAAAAGUAAGGAGAUAAUGGUUAAAAGUAAUAGAGGAAAUCAAAAAUAAGGGUGGAGAAGUAUUUAUAUUCUCUAGUUUACAUCCUUCUGGAAAACAAUUGAAUAAUUAUACUGGAAUAGCAGCAAUUUUAUAUGUUUCAGUAUAGUUUGAUUAUGAAGACGAAGAAGAAGAGGAAGAAGAACAAGUGGAUCAAUAAAUUCAUUAACAUUAACAUGAUUAAGAUGAAUUCAAAAUGGAUAUUGCAGUCUAAAAGAAAUUUGAAGAAUUUGGUAUAGAAGAUGGAGAUGAUGAUUAUAUGUGAAU